GUGCUCCGACGAGAAAAAGGCGGCUUACACUGAACAAGAUUAACUACACAUCAGACAAAUAGACACCUAAAAAUUAGUCGCAUUUUUCGACUUUCUCGUGUCGCAUUUAUUACCCAAUAUUUUUUUCGGUUGAUUGGCAGCCUCUCAUUCAGUGACAGGAAGCUUUCUGUAAGAAAAAAAUGUACAGCUGGCUUUAAAUUCAAUUUAUCCUCUCAGUUUGAGAAGCUAAAUUAGCUACCAGCAUCCCCGCCACCAAGUAUUUUAGCAGCAUUUCCCAUCACUGACAAGCAGCGAUGUAGAAGACAUGGUGAUAAAGAAAAAAACUCGUCUUCCUGUCAAUUCUUAACUCGUUUAACUGUGUCGGUCUUGCUGAUGUGAAUGCUGGUUCACUGUCAUGGUCCCAGUCCCAGCUUCCACCCUAAACCCUGAACACUAAACCCUCACGGACUUUACUGACAUCACCUGAUCAAUCACCUUUAUGAAAUGAAUUUCUUGCGCAACCGCCUUGUGGUUCUGGGCUUGGUGUUGUUAGCCACAUUACUGCUGUACCUGCUGCUGCCAUCCAUCCGCCAGGGCAGCAUGGAGCCGUCACUUGAAGCUCAAAGAAUAGGGCUGAUGGUGACUCCUCCUCCUCCAAUUCCAACCAUCAACGUGUCUAUUCGCACCGGUCAGCUGCCUGGGGACCCUCCACUGUUCUUUCGAGAAGCUUUACCUGUAGAUGCAGCUGGACGGCAGAUAUUACCAAGGCUGCAGGUGGUCCUCCUGCAUGGACAAGCCUUUACAUCUAAAACCUGGGAGGAACUCGGUACGAUGGCUCUUCUGGCAACUAAUGGAUAUCAAGCCUUAGCCAUGGACCUGCCAGGAUAUGGCAAAUCACCAAACUCUGAGGCUCUGAAGACUGACCAGAAUCGGGUGGACCUGCUAUCAAGGUUCAUGGAGUCUUUGGGUGUCAGAGCAGCAGUACUUUUAAGCCCCUCAAUGAGUGGGCAUUACUCCAUCCCCUUCCUCAUGAAGAACAGCGCUCAGCUGCACGGCUUUAUUCCUAUCGCACCAGUGGGUACCAAGAGUUACUCUCCACAGCAAUACCAAAACAUUCAGACUCCCACUCUGAUAGUGUUUGGAGCCCUGGACACAAAUUUGGGAGCCCAGUCCCAGAAGAGCCUCUUACAACUUCCAAAUCGCUCCGUGCUAAAGCUAGAAGGAGCUCGACAUGCUUGCUACAUGGACAAACCCAGAGAAUUUCACCAAGGAUUGAUCGAAUUCCUCAGCACGCUGAAGAGAGACGUGUAGCAAGGAACUGAAGGUACAGGGAUGAUAACAAAAGAGAGGCAAGGAAAAAAGAAAGAAGAAGACUUAGCUUCUAAUCGAUGUUUUAGUGUGACGACAGCUUUGCUAAAAGGUACUAAGAUCAGCAUUAUUCUCAUAUUGUCAUCACCUGGAAAAAAAAAAUCUUUGGCACAGCAGUAGCUGUUUAAACUAACAUGUAAAAUCUUACACUUAACGGUAAAAAUCAGAUGCUGCCAUCAUGGAUGUUAUUUUCUGUAUUUCAUAGUGUCACCUAAAAUACCAGACUAGUUCAUCUCAGCUUGUUGUAAAAAACAAAAUAGCAUCAGACUUGUAUAGUGAUGAGUCUUGUUUCAUGUGUUUCAUGUCCCUCAUUGCAUGUUUUAACAUGGAAUGUAUUGUUGCCAUUUUUGUAGGUGACAUUUAGGUAACUGUAAAUAUGCCGAUGUAGCAGUUGCCUGUAUUUAAUAGCUUCUGUUAGCUUCAUAUUUCACAGUCCUGUAUAUUAAGAUCUGGUAACAAUUCCAACUUCUAACAAAAAUUUGCUGUGUUCCACAAAAGCAAACAGAAUUGAUACAUACUGUAUUAAAAAAUGUAUAAAAGAUUAUGGACCGUAUGAAAACUACUUAAAACAAGCCACAUGUAUUUAUAUAGUGCUGAUAAAGUUAUACGUAAUAUAUUUGCAAUAAGUUUGGACAAUCAUGAAAAAACUUAAAGAUAUGUGCAUUGCUUAAAAUAAAA